UAAGACGCAACAACCCUUGGCCCUUUGCUCCAAAGUCCCUAUCUAGCACUCGUGGCAACAGCCACAACAAUAUUAUGCAUAUCACAUCCAACUAUUUUUUUUAAUUUCAACGUUCAUUUUUUCUUAAAAAAUACUCCCAAACAGGCUCUAAUAAAUUCCCUUCAAAGCUUCAUUUAACCUCCCCUUUCUCUCUCUCCUUUUCUGUAACUGUUUGAUGGUGGUUUCUGCCGCAGACCUCGCCGUGGAUGGACGGCGGCGAUCAUUCUUCUUCCCUCUCCGAUAACGAUGAGGACGAGAACGAACUACCGGACAUUCUCUCCCGAGUUCGACUCGUCGACGCUCCCGUGCUCUUGUUUGUUUGUUUCCACCACGCUGUUCGCUCUGAACUCAGCCAGCUCCGCCGCUUGGCAGAAACGGCGUCGUUCGAUGAUCGGUCUCAGGAACUGAGACGAGAAGUUAUUCUCAAGCUUCAACGGCGGUUCCGGUUUCUUAAACUGGCUUUCAAGUAUCACUGUGCUGCGGAAGACGAGGUUAUCUUCAUUGCGUUGGAUAGACACGUGAAAAAUGUGGUAUCUACAUAUUCCCUUGAACAUAAAAGCACCAAUGACCUCUACGAUUCCAUUAUUCACUUAUUGGAUGAGCCGAUGUCCCUUCAUAAGAAUAUUUCCAAGCUGUUCCAAGAACUUGUGUACUGCAUCGGCAUCUUGCAAACUUCCAUCUACCAACAUAUGCUGAAAGAAGAAGAGCAGGUUUUUCCACUGGUGAUACAAAAAUUACCUACCGAAGAACAGGCUUCGCUUGUGUGGCAAUUCAUAUGUAGUGUUCCUAUAAUAUUGCUGGAGGAACUUUUACCAUGGAUGGUAUCCUUCCUUUCCGAAGAGAAACAAGCAGAAGUCACUCAGUGUAUAAAUGAAAUUGCACCAAUGGAAAAAACACUCCAAGAGGUUUUGGUUUCUUGGAUUGGAAGCAACAAACAAAGCUUCACUGAAGUCUCUUUUAAGGAUGAAGUUCAAGGUGGUGCUCAAUCCUUAGAUAUUGCAAGAUCAUUUCCGUUGGGUUCUUGCAAUAGGAACUUCAAAGAACUUUCAAGUCAGAUGGAAGUGAAUGGCUCAAAAGACAAAGAUGGGAUCACCCAGGUUAAUGUUCUUCAUCUUUGGCAUGAUGCCAUCAUAAAGGAUUUGGAAGAAAUUCUGAAAGAACUUUGUUUAAUAAAAAACUGCAGCUGCUUUCAGAAUUUAGAAUCACUGCUUAUCCAACUGAAAUUCUUUGCUGAUGUCCUCACCUUCUACAGCAAUGCUCAGAAAAGAUUAGUAUUGAAGAAACUUGCUGGUGACUGGUUGUCAAAGUCUACGGAACACUUUUGUGACGUAAGUCACAUUGAAGAUUUACAGCAGUUGUUAUUCUAUAGAUCGGAAAGUGGAAUGCCUUUGUGCGAAUUCGUAGGGAACCUUUGUCAAAAACUUGACUCAUUCGUAUCAAGGCUCAGAAAGCAAUUUGCUUUUCAAGAAAAUGAGGUAUUUCCUAUCAUUAGAAAGAAUUGCAGCAAUGGGAUGCAAGAGGGACUUCUGAGCUUGAGCCUGUAUAUGAUGCCACUUGGGUUAGUAAAGGGUGCUAUAACUUGGUUUUCAGUUCACCUGCCUGAAAAAGAAUCCAGGUCCAUUCUCUAUUUCAAAAAGAAAGGAAAUCAUGUUGCCUGUAAAGGUUUUGCAUCGCUCUUACAAGAGUGGUUCCGCAUUGGUUAUUCAGGUAAAACUGCUAUUGAAAAAUUCCGACAGGACUUGCACCAUAUGUUCAAAAGCAAAUACUCUUUCUUACCUGAGCAAAUCAAGAAAGCGCCUGGGUUUUCUUUAAAUUCUGACUGCCUGCCUCAUAAGGUCUCUAGCAAGAUGUGUCUGUCCUAUCCCUCACCUUCGGGAUCCAACAAGUACGAGACACCAUACUCCACAGGAAUUAAUCUGCAUAUACUUUUUCCGGCCACAGUUGUUAAGUUGCAUCAGAAGCUGGGAUGCCAUGCAGCAAAUAGUUCUUCUGUUUCCUUUCUUGAAGAUCCAAAACCAAUUGACAUAAUUUUUUUCUUUCACAAGGCUAUCAAGAAAGAUUUGGACUACCUAGUUCUUGGCUCAGCUCAGUUAGAAGACAAUGCUGAGUUGCUUAUGGAUUUCCACAAGCGAUUCCACAUCAUAUAUUUUCUUUAUCAAAUCCAUAGUGAUGCAGAGGAUGAAAUAGUUUUCCCAGCUUUGGAGGCAAGUGGUAGGCUAAAAAACAUUAGCCAUGCCUAUGCUUUCGAUCACAAUGUUGAAGUUAAACACUUCAAUAAAAUAUCCCACAUCCUUCAUAAGAUGUCUGUAUUAGAUAUUUCGGUUUCUACAUCCUUGGUAAGGUAUCAGCAUUUAUGUAGGAAGCUGCAACAAAUUUGCAAAUCAAUGCAUAAAUCACUUUCAGGCCAUAUUGACCGGGAGGAAGCUGAAAUUUGGCCUCUAAGUAGAGAAUUCUUCUCAAAUAAAGAGCAAGGGAAGAUCAUAGGAUGUAUGCUUGGAAGAAUAGGAGCACAGAUAUUGCAAGAUAUGAUACCUUGGCUAAUGGCAUCGUUAACACAGAAAGAACAGCAUGUUUUAAUGUUCUUAUGGUCCAUGGCUACUAAAAAUACAAUGUUCAACGAGUGGUUAAGUGAAUGGUGGGAUGGGUACAGUAUAACUAAGCCAGAAGAGGGAACAAAGCAUGCACUUAAAGAGACUGUUGAGCCACUGGAGAUUAUAUCUAAAUACUUUUCUGAAGAAGUUCUUGAUGAAUUACAAGAAGAACCCUCAUCCAACACAAAUACUGAUUUUCAUCAGAAGGAUCAUAUUGGUGAUAAUGUCCAGCUGUCUAACAACAAAUUUGAUGGCACCGUUAAGGUUCAAGCUGCAGCACAGAAUAAAAAUGAAAUUUCAAAAUCCACAAAUCGUUUUCAUGAUAACAACAAACAUGGUUGGAAUCAAGAAAAGGAAGGAAUCACAAAUCCAAUCAAAAUUGAAGAUCAAUCAUUUCAAUUUCGUCACAAUUCCAGGCAUCAUGACCGACUUCUGAAACUGAGUCAAGAUGAUCUGGAGAAAGCAAUAAGAAGGGUAACUCGCGAUUCCUGCUUAGAUCCUCAAGAAAAGUCAUACAUAAUACAGAACCUGCUAAUAAGCCGUUGGAUUAUUAGACAGAAGAUAUCCUUUACAGAAGUUGAUGUCAAAAAUGAUGAGCAGGAAUUUCCUGGGAAGCAUCCAUCCUAUAGGGAUCCUCUCAAACUAAUUUAUGGUUGCAAACAUUACAGGAGAAACUGUAAGAUAUUUUGCCCCUGUUGCAACCAACUUCAUACUUGCAUACAUUGCCAUAAUGAGGUAUCAGACCAUAUAAUUGACAGGAAAUCUAUUACAAAAAUGAUGUGCAUGGAGUGCUUAAACAUUCAGCCCAUUAAUGCCACAUGCUCAACUUCUUCCUGCAAGUUAACCAUGGCAAAAUAUUACUGCUGGAUCUGCAGAUUAUUUGAGGAUGAAAAGGAAAUUUACCACUGUCCCUAUUGUAACCUGUGCCGAGUUGGGAAGGGCUUGGGUACCACGUACUUUCAUUGCAUGAGUUGCAAUGCAUGUAUGUCGCGUAGUCUUUUGGUACACACAUGCCGGGAAAAACAUUUAGAGGACAACUGUCCAAUUUGUCAUGAAUAUAUCUUCACAUCCCUGGCUCCGGUAAAAGCCCUUCCAUGUGGUCAUGUGAUGCACUCAGCAUGCUUUCAGGAAUAUACCGGCUUUAACUAUACCUGCCCCAUAUGUAGCAAGUCAAUUGUAGACAUGCAGGACUAUUUUAAGAAGUUAGAUUCUUUAUUGGCCGAAGAGAAAAUGUCUGAUGAGCUUUCCAGUCGAACUCAGGUUAUAUUAUGUAAUGACUGCGAAAAGAAAGGAGUAGCUCCCUUCCACUGGCGUUACCACAAAUGCCCUUAUUGUGGUUCCUACAACACCAGAGUUCUAUGAGACUUCCACUGUGAGAAUAAUAAGUACCUGCGUCUCCUUAGCUUCUGUGUAUUAAAACAUUAUAUUGUACUUUAUGUUUUGAAGUUUGCCUUCUAUGGCAUAAGCCAAAAUAAUAGUAUUCUGAUGCAAAAACAGUUAUCUUGUUACCUAUGAGAUGUACUGAUUUAAAAUCUAAUCUUGCUCCGCAAUUAUCAAGAAUCAUCAAU